GACCCGCGGGCGGCGACGCACGCGCCGCGCCGCUCACGUGGUCCGUCUCCAGCCCCGUCGCCGGCGGAGGCGGGCGCGGGCGCGUCCCUGUGGCCAGUCACCCGGAGGAGUUGGUCGCACAAUUAUGAAAGACUCGGCUUCUGCUGCUAGCGCCGGAGCUGAGUUAGUUCUGAGAAGGUUUCCCUGGGCGUUCCUUGUCCGGCGGCCUCUGCUGCCGCCUCCAGAGACGCUUCCCGAUAGAUGGCUACAGGCCGCGGAGGAGGAGGAGGUGGAGUUGCUGCCCUUCCGGAGUCCGCCCCGUGAGGAGAAUGUCCCAGAAAUCCUGGAUAGAAAGCACUUUGACCAAGAGGGAAUGUGUAUAUAUUAUUCCAAGUUCCAAGGACCCUCACAGAUGCCUUCCAGGAUGUCAAAUUUGUCAGCAACUUGUCAGGUGUUUUUGUGGUCGCUUGGUCAAGCAACAUGCUUGUUUUACUGCAAGUCUUGCCAUGAAAUACUCAGAUGUGAAAUUGGGUGACUAUUUUAAUCAGGCAGUAGAAGAAUGGUCUGUGGAAAAGCAUACAGAACAGAGCCCAACGGAUGCUUAUGGAGUCAUAAAUUUUCAAGGGGGUUCUCAUUCCUACAGAGCUAAGUAUGUGAGGCUGUCAUAUGACACCAAACCUGAAGUCAUUCUGCAACUUCUGCUUAAAGAAUGGCAAAUGGAAUUACCCAAACUUGUUAUCUCUGUACAUGGGGGCAUGCAGAAAUUUGAGCUUCACCCACGAAUCAAGCAGUUGCUUGGAAAAGGUCUUAUUAAAGCUGCAGUUACAACCGGAGCCUGGAUUUUAACUGGAGGAGUAAACACAGGUGUGGCAAAACAUGUUGGAGAUGCCCUCAAAGAACAUGCUUCCAGAUCAUCUCGAAAGAUUUGCACUAUCGGAAUAGCUCCAUGGGGAGUGAUUGAAAACAGGAAUGAUCUUGUUGGGAGAGAUGUGGUUGCUCCUUAUCAAACCUUAUUGAACCCCCUGAGCAAAUUGAAUGUUUUGAAUAAUCUACAUUCUCAUUUCAUAUUGGUGGAUGAUGGCACUGUUGGAAAGUAUGGGGCAGAAGUCAGACUGAGAAGAGAACUUGAAAAAACUAUUAAUCAGCAAAGAAUUCAUGCUAGAAUUGGCCAAGGUGUCCCUGUGGUGGCACUUAUAUUUGAGGGGGGCCCAAAUGUUAUCCUCACAGUUCUUGAAUACCUUCAGGAAUGCCCCCCUGUUCCAGUAGUUGUAUGUGAAGGAACAGGCAGAGCUGCAGAUCUACUAGCAUAUAUUCAUAAACAAACAGAAGAAGGAGGGAAUCUUCCUGAUGCAGCAGAGCCCGAUAUUAUUUCCACUAUCAAAAAAACAUUUAACUUUGGUCAGAGUGAAGCAGUUCAUUUAUUUCAAACACUGAUGGAGUGCAUGAAAAGAAAGGAGCUUAUCACUGUUUUCCAUAUUGGGUCAGAUGAACAUCAAGAUAUAGAUGUAGCAAUACUUACUGCACUGCUGAAAGGUACUAAUGCAUCUGCAUUUGACCAGCUUAUCCUUACAUUGGCAUGGGAUAGAGUUGACAUUGCCAAAAAUCAUGUAUUUGUUUAUGGACAGCAGUGGCUGGUUGGAUCCUUGGAACAAGCUAUGCUUGAUGCUCUUGUAAUGGAUAGAGUUGCAUUUGUAAAACUUCUUAUUGAAAAUGGAGUAAGCAUGCAUAAAUUCCUUACCAUUCCGAGACUGGAAGAACUUUACAACACUAAACAAGGUCCAACUAAUCCAAUGCUAUUUCAUCUUGUUCGAGACGUCAAACAGGGAAAUCUUCCUCCAGGAUAUAAGAUCACUCUAAUUGAUAUAGGACUUGUUAUUGAAUAUCUCAUGGGAGGAACCUACAGAUGCACCUACACUAAAAAACGUUUUCGAUUAAUAUAUAAUAGUCUUGGUGGAAAUAAUCGGAGGUCUGGCCGAAAUACCUCCAGCAGCACUCCUCAGUUGCGAAAGAAUCAUGAAUCUUUUGGCAAUAGGGCAGAUAAAAAGGAAAAAAUGAGGCAUAAUCAUUUCAUUAAGACGGCACAGCCCUAUCGACCAAAGAUUGAUACAGUUUUGGAAGAAGGAAAGAAGAAAAGAACCAAAGAUGAAAUUGUAGACAUUGAUGAUCCUGAAACCAAGCGCUUUCCUUAUCCACUUAAUGAACUUUUAAUUUGGGCUUGCCUUAUGAAGAGGCAGGUCAUGGCCCGUUUUUUAUGGCAACAUGGUGAAGAAUCAAUGGCUAAAGCAUUAGUUGCCUGUAAGAUCUAUCGUUCAAUGGCAUAUGAAGCAAAGCAGAGUGACCUGGUAGAUGAUACUUCAGAAGAACUGAAACAGUAUUCCAAUGAUUUUGGUCAAUUGGCUGUUGAAUUAUUAGAACAGUCCUUCAGACAAGAUGAAACCAUGGCUAUGAAAUUGCUCACUUAUGAACUGAAGAACUGGAGUAAUUCAACCUGCCUUAAGCUGGCAGUUUCUUCAAGACUUAGACCUUUUGUAGCCCACACCUGUACACAAAUGUUGUUAUCUGAUAUGUGGAUGGGAAGGCUGAAUAUGAGGAAAAAUUCCUGGUACAAGGUCAUACUAAGCAUUUUAGUUCCACCUGCCAUAUUACUGCUAGAGUAUAAAACUAAGGCUGAAAUGUCCCAUAUUCCACAAUCUCAAGAUGCUCAUCAGAUGACAAUGGAUGACAGCGAAAACAACUUUAAGAACAUAACAGAAGAGAUCCCCAUGGAAGUAUUUAAAGAAGUAAGGAUUUUGGAUAGUAAUGAAGGAAAGAAUGAAAUGGAGAUACAAGUAAAAUCAAAAAAGCUUCCAAUCACACGAAAGUUUUAUGCCUUUUAUCAUGCACCAAUUGUAAAAUUCUGGUUUAACACGUUGGCAUAUUUAGGAUUUCUGAUGCUUUAUACCUUUGUGGUUCUUGUACAAAUGGAACAAUUACCUUCAGUUCAAGAAUGGAUUGUUAUUGCUUAUAUUUUUACUUAUGCCAUUGAGAAAGUCCGUGAGAUCUUUAUGUCUGAAGCUGGGAAAAUAAACCAGAAGAUUAAAGUAUGGUUUAGUGAUUACUUCAAUAUCAGUGACACAAUUGCCAUAAUUUCUUUCUUCAUUGGAUUUGGACUAAGAUUUGGAGCAAAAUGGAACUUUGCAAAUGCAUAUGAUAAUCAUAUUUUUGUGGCUGGAAGAUUAAUUUACUGUCUUAACAUAAUAUUUUGGUAUGUGCGUUUGCUAGAUUUUCUAGCUGUAAAUCAACAGGCAGGACCUUAUGUAAUGAUGAUUGGAAAAAUGGUGGCCAAUAUGUUCUACAUUGUAGUGAUUAUGGCUCUUGUAUUACUUAGUUUUGGUGUUCCCAGAAAGGCAAUACUUUAUCCUCGUGAAGCACCAUCUUGGACACUUGCUAAAGAUAUAGUUUUUAAUCCAUACUGGAUGAUUUUUGGUGAAGUUUAUGCAUAUGAAAUUGAUGUGUGUGCAAAUGAUUCUUCUAUCCCUCAUAUCUGUGGUCCUGGGACAUGGUUGACUCCAUUUCUUCAAGCAGUCUACCUCUUUGUACAAUAUAUCAUUAUGGUUAAUCUUCUUAUUGCAUUUUUCAACAAUGUGUAUUUACAAGUGAAGGCCAUUUCCAAUAUUGUAUGGAAGUACCAGCGUUAUCAUUUUAUUAUGGCUUAUCAUGAGAAACCAGUUCUGCCUCCUCCACUUAUCAUUCUUAGCCAUAUAGUUUCUCUGUUUUGCUGCAUAUGUAAGAGAAGAAAGAAAGAUAAGACUUCGGAUGGACCAAAACUUUUCUUAACAGAAGAAGAUCAAAAGAAACUUCAUGAUUUUGAAGAGCAGUGUGUUGAGAUGUAUUUCAAUGAAAAAGAUGACAAAUUUCAUUCUGGGAGUGAAGAGAGAAUUCGUGUCACGUUUGAAAGAGUGGAACAGAUGUGCAUUCAGAUUAAAGAAGUUGGAGAUCGUGUCAACUACAUAAAAAGAUCAUUACAAUCAUUAGAUUCUCAAAUUGGCCAUUUGCAAGAUCUUUCAGCCCUGACGGUAGAUACAUUAAAAACACUCACUGCUCAGAAAGCAUCAGAGGCUAGCAAAGUUCAUAAUGAAAUCACACGAGAAUUGAGCGUUUCCAAACACUUGGCUCAAAACCUUAUUGGUGAUGGUCCUAUAAGACCUUCUGUAUGGAAAAAGCAUAGUGUUGUAAAUACGCUUAGCUCCUCUCUUCCUAAAAGUGAUCUUGAAAGUAAUAAUCCUUUUCUUUCUAAUAUUUUAAUGAAAGAUGACAAAGAUCCCCAAUGUAAUAUAUUUGGUCAAGACCCACCUGCAAUAGCCCAGAGAAAAGAAUUUAAUUGUCCAGAGGCUGGUUCCUCUUCUGGUGCCUUAUUCCCAAGUGCUGUUUCCCCUCCAGAACUGCGACAGAGACUAUAUGGAGUAGAACUCUUAAAAAUAUUUAAUAAAAAUCAAAAAUUAGGCAGUUCAUCUAAUAGCAUACCACAUCUAUCAUCCCCACCAACCAAAUUUUUUGUUAGUACACCAUCUCAGCCAAGUUGCAAAAACCACUUGGAAACUGUAACCAAAGAUCAAGAAACUGUUUGCUCUAAAGUUACAGAAGGAGAUAAUAUAGAAUUUGGAGCAUUUGUAGGACACAGAGAUAGCAUGGAUUUACAGAGAUUUAAAGAAACGUCAAACAAGAUAAAAGAAAUACUAUCCAACGACAGUACUUCUGAAAACACUUUGAAACGUGUGAGUUCUCAUGCUGGAUUUACUGAGUGUCAUAGAACUUCCAUUCCUCUUCAUUCAGAACUAGCAGAAAAAAUCAGUAGAAGACCAUCUACCGAAGACACUCAUGAAGUAGAUUCCAAAACAGCUUUAAUACCGGAUUGGUUACAAGAUAGACCAUCAAACAGAGAAAUGCCAUCUGAAGAAGGAACAUUAAAUGGUCUAACCUCUCCAUUUAAGCCAGCUAUGGAUACAAAUUACUAUUACUCAGCUGUGGAAAGAAAUAACUUGAUGAGGUUAUCACAGAGCAUUCCAUUUACACCUGUGCCUCCAAGAGGGGAGCCUGUCACAGUGUAUCGUUUGGAAGAGAGUUCACCCAACAUACUAAAUAACAGCAUGUCUUCUUGGUCACAACUUGGUCUCUGUGCCAAAAUAGAGUUUUUAAGCAAAGAGGAGAUGGGAGGAGGUUUACGAAGAGCUGUCAAAGUACAGUGUACCUGGUCAGAACAUGAUAUCCUCAAAUCAGGGCAUCUUUAUAUUAUCAAAUCUUUUCUUCCGGAGGUGGUUAAUACAUGGUCAAGUAUUUAUAAAGAAGAUACAGUUCUGCAUCUCUGUCUGCGAGAAAUUCAACAACAGAGAGCAGCACAAAAGCUUACAUUUGCCUUUAAUCAAAUGAAACCCAAAUCCAUACCAUAUUCUCCAAGGUUCCUUGAAGUUUUCCUGCUGUAUUGCCAUUCAGCAGGACAGUGGUUUGCCGUGGAAGAAUGUAUGACUGGAGAAUUUAGAAAAUACAACAAUAAUAAUGGAGAUGAGAUUAUUCCAACUAAUACUCUGGAAGAGAUCAUGCUAGCCUUUAGCCACUGGACUUAUGAAUAUACAAGAGGGGAGUUACUGGUACUUGAUUUACAAGGCUGGAGUGCAGUGGCAUGAUCUCCCGUCACCACAACCAUCGCCUUCUGAGUUCAAGCAAUUCUCCUGCCUCAGCCUCCAGAGUAGCUGGGAUUUCAGGUGCGUGCCACCACACCUGGCUAAUUUUUUGUAUUUUUAGUAGGGACAGGGUUUCACCAUGUUGGCCAGGCUGUUCUCGAGCCCCGGACCUUGUGAUUCACCCACCUCAGCCUCCCAAAGUAGUGGGAUUACAGCUGUAAACCACUGCGCCUGGCCAGCCAAUACAAUUAAGUUUAAAAUGACAGGCUUACCUUAGAGAUACUGCAGGCUCGGUUCCAGACCACUGCAAUAAAGCAAAUAUUGCAAUAAAGCACGUCACAUGAAUUAUUUGGAUUUGCAGUGCUUAUAAAAGUUAUAUUUGGCCGGGUGCUGUGGCUCACGCCUGUAAUCCCAGCACUUUGGGAGGCUGAGGCAGGUGGAUCACCUGAAGUCAGGAGUUGGAGACCAGCCUGGCUAAUGGUGAAAACCUGUCUCUACUAAAAAUAUUUAAAAAUUAGCCGGGCAUGGUGGUGGGCACCUGUAAUUCCAGCUACUCUGGAGGCUAAGGCAGGAGAAUUGCUUGAACCAAGGAGACAGAGGUUGCAGUGAGCCAAUAUGGUGCCACUGCACUCCAGCCUGGGUGACAGAGUAAGACUCCGUCUUAAAAAAAAAAAUGUUGGCCAGGUGCGGUGGCUCAAGCCUGUAAUCCCAGCACUUUGGGAGGCCAAGGCGGGUGGAUCACGAGGUCGAGAGAUCAAGACCAUCCUGGUCAACAUGGUGAAACCCGCCUCUACUAAAAAUAUAAAAAAAAAAAUUAGUUGGGCAUGGUGGCGCAUGCCUGUAAUCUCAGCUACUCAGGAGGCUGAGGCAGGAGAAUUACCUGAACCCAGGAGGCGGAGGUUGCGGUGAGCCGAGGUCACGCCAUUGCACUCCUGCCUGGAUAACAAAAGCGAAACUCCAUCUCAAAAAAAAAAAAAAGUGUUAUAUUGACUCUAUACUGUAGUCUAAAGUGUGUGAUAACAUUGUAUGUGAAGAACACAAUACCUUAAUUUAAAAAUACCUUAUUGUUAGAAAAUGUUAAGAAUCAUCUAAGCCUUCAUCAAGCUGUAAUCUUUUUUGCUGGUGAAAUCUUGCCUCCAUGUUGAUGACUGCUAACUGAUAGGUGCUGGUUUGGGAUAACUGCAGCAAUUUCUCUUUGUUUCUCUCUCUCUUUCUCUUUCUUUCUUUCCUUUUUUUAAAUGAUGUCAAGGUCUCUUUCUGUUGCCCGGGCUGGAUUGCAGUAGCUCAAUCACGACUCACUGUAACCUCAAAACUCCUCAGGCUCAAGCCAUCCUCCUGCCUAAGCCUCUUGCAUAGCUGGGACUACAGGCUCAUGUCACUGCAUGCAGCUAAUUUUUAAAAGUUUUUGUAGAGAUGGGUGUCUCACUGGGUAGCCCAGGCUAGUCUUGAACUCCUGACCUCAAGCAGUUCCAAACAUCACUGUGGCCAGGCAGUGGCUCAUGCUGGGAUUACAAGCAUGAACCACUGACUGGCCACAGUGAAGAUUGCCACAUUGAUUGAUUCUUCCUUUCAUGAAUGAUUUUUCUGUAGCACACAGUGCCAUUUGAUAGCAUUUUACCUUCUGUGGAACUUCUUUUAAAAUUGGAGUCAACCCUCUCAAACCCUGCUGCUUUAUCAACAAAGUUUAUUUGAUAUUCUAAAUCCCUUGUUGUCAUUUGAACAAUGUUCACAGCAUCUUCACCGACUACAUUCCAUAUCAACAUAAUGUUUAUUGAGCAGUUUUUACACAGGAAUAUUUUAGAUAAUUACUACAAGUUAAACAGUAGUAUGUAAGAUACGUAAAGAAUAAAGUGUUCCUAUCUUUUUUAUUUCUCUACUUCUGUGAAGACAUAUACACAAUUGGAGACUUUUUUCCCUAUUUUUUAUUAUUUGGGGUUUUACCCCAACUGGGAUCAUGAGUUUUUUUUGUUUUUUUUUCUAUCUAACAAUAUAUCAUGGACAUUUUUCUGGAUUUAUUUCCUUGAUAGCUGUGUGAUAGUCCAUAGUGUAGCAGCUGUAGCAUGAUUUACACCUGUCUUGAUAGACAUUCACUCUAUUUUUAGUUUUUUGCUUCCACAAACAGUGCUGCAGCAAACCAUACUCCAUGCACUGCUACUUUUAUUUCCAUUAAGUAAGUUCCUAAAUUGGCUUAGAAAAGAGAUGAGUACAAUUUUAAUUUUAAUAACAGCUGCCAGAUUACUUUCCCAAAAGCUUAUCAGAAAUCAUACUCAGCAUUCUGUGGAAGUUCCUGCUUCUCAUAGUCUUUCCAGUGUUGAAUAUUCUUAGUGUUUGCCAUUCCUAUUGGGUAGAAAAUAAUACCGUGUUCUAAUUCUAAUUGUGAAAUUGAACCUUUUUAUUAGAUUUUGUUCUAAUGGGUUAAAUAUUUGUGAUUAUCAAAAUAUCUGUAGGUCUUAAGGGUAUGUAUAUGUGUGUAUAUAUAUUUACAUAUACACGUGAAUAUAUGAGAGACUGAAAGGAUUUAAUCAUACUUUUGAAGAGGGCUGGAGGUGAAGAAAGAUUUUCACAAUCUUACUCUUUAUGUACAUGAAUGCAUGAAUGUUUUGCAAGGACAUAUGCUAUGUGUUAAUGAGUGUGUUUUUUUCUUUAGAUCCCAAACACUUUUUUUUUUUUUUUUCUGAGACAGAAUAUUGCUCUGUUGCCCAGGCUAGAGUGCAGUGGCACGAUCUCAGCUCACUGCAACCUCCGCCUCCCGGGUUCAAGCGAUCCUUGUGUCUCAGCCUCCCAAGUAGCUGGGACUACAGGCACCUGCCACACCCGGCUAACUUUUUUUUUUUCUUUUUUUUUUUUUUUUGCAUUUUUAGUAGAGACGGGGUUUCACCAUGUUGGUCUUGCUGGUCUGGAAUUCCUGACCUCAGGUUAUCCACUCACCUCAGCCUCUCAAAGUGCUGGGAUUAUAGGCGUGAGCCACUGAGCUUGGCCAAUCCAAAAAACACUCUUAAAGUGCUACAGAUUAUUCCUUCAUGUACAAAAUUGUUCUUUGCUAACUAAGGUGAAACAAGGGCAGAUUGACCAGACCUUUUAUAAGUAAGGAGGUAUUUGCAUUUUUGGCACUGUAGGAUUGGGAACUUACAUGCCUGUCUACCAACUCUGACAUUUAACUCUUGUUCACAUUACAAGGGGCUGUGCCUCUCCCUGGUAGAAUGCCAGGGUAAUAAAUUAAAUUAUGAAAUAUCAAGAGAGAAGAACUAUAUUCCUUUGAAUAGUUCAAUAUUGUAAUGAUUGAUGAUACUUUAACAUCUCUUAAGAUGAUUUUUAUUAUGCAAAUGUCAGUAUUUAUAUCAAUUAUAUAAUUUUUUUAUAUACA